AUGCCGCCCAACUUGCCCAGCCCACCGUUUACCAGAGCAGUCGCACGUGUCGCGCAGCAGCCCCAUUCGGUCCGCUACACACCGCUCCACCCGGAGUCCCAAAGCUCGCAGCCGCUCGUCGCCGGCGGAAUGCUCACCUACCCGGGCGAUCCUCGGGGCAAUCCGCCGCAGCACGGGGCGCUAUCAUCCCUCUCUACCUCCGCUGCGCCCUUCACUGUGGCCGGGCCCCAUCCCGCAGGCCCAACAUUUCCCAACCCUAGCUUUGCUGUCCCCGCCGCCCCUUCCCUCAACGCGGCCGCCGAGUGGGGGGAUCCGUCGUUGAUGGAAGCCCGCGCGAGUUUCAUGGCCCCAGGCGCCGCCGCUGCUGCCUCACUAGGGCAUACUGGUGAAGUUUUUGAUAGUGCCCCAUAUGGCAUAUACUCUGAGUAUCACUUCGGUAACUUUGUUGACACGCAUCCCUUAAGAUCAGAGAACUCGGAGUUGAUAAGUGAGAAGCGCCCAGGAACUUGUGGAGAAACUUCAGAGGCUCUCUCUAAUGGUUUUGGACUAUCAUCUCGCUGUCAAGAACACUCUCACUGCCAUCCAGAUGCUGAGCGGAACAUGUUCCAGAUGUCUGACUCCAGCUCUAGGAAUCGAGCAAUAUUUCUAGAGCUAAUGCACAAUUUGUCAGCAGUUCUUGUAUCUACUUGCAAUGAUGGUUCUUCAUUACAUGAAUAUGAAAAAGAAAAUCUGAAAUCAAUUAUUCGGAAUCUGAAAGCUGUUAGUUCCAAAGGAGGCAAGGCUACAUUAAAAGGCGAUGAUUGUUUGAGAAACUCCAGUCAACUGAGUUGCUUGAGGAAUAAUUUCUCAGUGGCAAUCCCUGAACACUCGGUGUCAACGAACACGGAUUCAGAAUUUAAUGCCUAUUUUUCACAGGCUUUUCCUAAGCUCCCAGAAGAUAAGAUGCUUGAUGAUUCUGAAGUUUCUCAAGUGUCAAUCUACAAAAAAUUGUGGAUUGAAGCAGAAGCUUUAGUGUGUAAACUCAAAUAUGAGCUUCAGGUUACCCGUAUGAAGCUUGCAGCAAACAAAGGCCACAACACAGAAACAGAAGGUGCUAAGGCCCCCGGAUUACCUGUAUGUGGUGGCAAACCAUAUAGUCAUGCCGAAGCAAGCAGUGGUCCUGCGCCACUGCCGCCUCCUAUAUUGUCUCCAAGGUCCAUUAUCGCUACAAAAAGAGCAUCGUGA